ACCGUUUUAGUGUUGCUGACUGACGCUGAUUAAGCAGACCUUCUUACCAAACAGUGCAUAAACCCCUUCAUUGUGUGGAUUUCAUCAACGUAGCCUACGUUCUUAUUAACCGGUGAAGUGUUCGUCCACCAUGGUUGGGACUUUCCCGCUUCUGUCAGUGCAGCCAACGCGGGGGCUCGUGGAUGAGAAGAUCCAGGUAGUUGUGAGGAAUUUACCUUCAGCGCUCUCGGUGACACUACAUUCCCUUCAUCGCUCUGAGGAUAAGGACCUUUGGGAGGCGUUCGGCCAUUACACCAGCGACGGCCAAGGCACGGUGACAGUUGCUAAGGAUGCCAGUCUUGGAGGAACAUAUGAAGGAGCAGAGCCCAUGGGUCUACUGUGGAGCAUGCAGCCUGUUCCAGGUAGUCGGACAGGCCUCAGGUUGAGAAAGAUGGAUGUCUUCACUCCUAUGGUGGUACACAUCUCUGUGUACAGUGGGCACAUGACUGAGGGCUUCAGCAAGCAGUCUCCCCUAGCGACCGUUGUCACAGAACGAUGGUACAUGGCACCGGGUGUGUGCAGAAUUGACAUCAGGGAACAUGGAGUCCGAGGGACCCUCUUUUUACCCCCAGGUCCCGGACCCUUCCCUGGGGUGUUGGAUAUGUGGGGAGGGGGUGGGGGGCUAGUGGAGUACCGCUCCGGCCUCCUGGCGUCACACGGUUUUGUUUCCAUGGCGCUAGAGUACCUUUCCCAUGACAAGAACAGAACCUCAGACAUCGAAUCAAAAACCUACUUUGAGAAAGCAUUCAGGAUUGUGAAGGAGCACCCUCUGGUGAUGAAGGACAGAGUUGCUCUGUUUGGUCUCUCCUUUGGGGCGUCAGUCGCCCUCAACUUGGCAGCCUACUCCAAAGACAUCAGCCCCAGGUGCUGUGUGUGUAUCAGUGGGAGUCACGUCUACCCAGUCAACAAGUCCAUCCCCGACGUGAUUAUGAAGAUGAGCGAGCACGGGUAUAAGACCCGAUUUGAUGAAGAUGGCCAUGUGGUCUGGAGAGACAUCAUUCUGCCCAUCCCAACCGACCUUGGAGAGAAAGUGGAUAUGGGGAGGAUAAAGUGUCCAUUGAUGUUGGUCGUCGGGGAGGAUGAUCAGAACUGGGCCACAGUGGAGUCUGCCAAGGACAUAGCCCAGAUGAUGCGUGCAGCGGGUAACGAGCACCUACUGACCAUUCUACAAUACCCUGAUGCUGGACACCUCAUUGAGCCGCCCUACACACCCCACUUCAGAGCCAGCAACUUCAUAGUGCCUCAAACACGACAGAAAGUGAUCAUGUUGUGGGGAGGGUACACCAAGCCGCAUGCCGUGGCUCAGGAAGACUGUUGGGAAAGAAGCCUUAGCUUCCUACGGCAACACCUCUACCCCAGCCCUGACUCUGUCCCAAAGGCCAAGCUGUGAUGUCACACACGAGGAGCAUCAAGGACCUAGUAUGAUUGACUAAGCUAUAACUUUAUAUAAUAUUUUAUAUGUUAAUGUAUUUAAUUUGUUACGACUGAAUGCUUGAAUGAGAGUCAUCAGACCAGUGGACACAGCUGUACAACAUAAAUUGAGGGCUGAUGAGGAGUGUCCACAGUAGUGGGUGCGAGUCUCUCAUUCACUGAACUGCAUGAGUUUCAACCUGCCAAUAGUGUUAACACCUGUGCCUGAAACCUAACUGCCAUAGUACACAGAUGAAUGAUUCUAUUUUUUGAUUCAUGAGGAAAUAAUAGGAAAUGUCUAUGAUGUUUAUAAUAAAUCAGAGGAGUGUGAACAAUAUGUUAUUGAGAGCACGAGAAAGCUA